AUGAGGUUGGUUUUACAAAGUCGCUCUUUCAAUAGUGUCAGCUCUGCUGGCUCUCUUAGCCGUCAUGGCAUCCAGAAGCUGCCACUUGGCGCGGCUCCCACCGCUCAGUUCGGGCGACUGUUUACUACCAGGGGCUCUUUGGCUGCCUGGAAUCGAAACACCAAGACAGCACCUAGAUCCAAGGCUAGCAAACCGAACAGCGACCCCACAAGUGAACACUCAAAUUCGGAAUCUGGAACCCCCGGGGCUGCUGCUAGCUGGAAUAAACCAAAAUUCAAGGCCUGCGAACGCCAGAGCGAGCCGGUCAGCGAGCAUACAAAUGAGCCCAUUAGUGAAACUGUCAUUACCCCAACAAAUGAAAUGACUAGUGAGCCUGUAAGGAAUAUCAUGAUCGACACAGCGAAUCGAAACGCUGGCGAUCAGGAAACUGCAGCCUUUGAUAGCAGAAUUUCAGACCUGGUCACUAUUCGUGGGAGAAAGCCAAAAGACGCGGACACUGUGAGAAAAGAGUUCUAUGCGAUCCUAGAGACCGCUCAGCCAGACCAGGUAAUGGCUGCCAUGCUCAACUAUGACUGCGAAGAACUGGUUGCAACAAUGCCGCAGAGCAGCUUUAUCGAAGCCUUGCACCUUCUCUCACCCGCCCAUUUCGUUGAGCCCUUCAAAGAGAUAUACCGACCGUUGCAUCCAUAUACUGUUCAGAUCAAACGCUUUAAGGCGCAGCAUACACUCUUCGAUGAUUUUGUUAGGAAUCUUUCUGCGAUUGUCCGGAUACGAAGAUCGAGAGGUCAGGCUUUAGGGCUUGCUGAAUACACACACCUUCUUGACUGCGCUCGGUCUCUCGGCGAUGCGCUUAUGGCGGACCAUAUCUGGAAUUCCAUGAGGAUGGACGAUAUAUCUCCCAACCUUGAGUGUUACAAUCACUACAUGGAAGCCAAAGUUUGGAAUUCAGCUUAUACCGGUAAAGAGAAAUACCGUUUACGCAUUACACCUUUCUCCUACAGGAGACGAAAGUUUGGAGACCUCGGCUGGGAAGGCUACGGAACUGCAGGACGCAGUGUGCGAACAGAAGUACAAGAAAUCUUCGAUGAGAUGACAGCAUCGGGCAUCGACGGUGAUGAGGCGAGCAUAGUGAACCUUUUCAUGGCGGCCGCCCGAGUGGGAGAUAACGAAACGAUGGAAUGCAUUCUACAGACCAUCUGGAACAUUGAUGUCGAUGCACUACGGAAAGGGCGACAUGUUGAAGUCACCGAGUAUGAUCGUUCUUCACCCUUUUACCCCUCUGCUCGGCUCCUUCGCGCGGUAGCGCACUCAUUCAGUGCGGCCAACGAUAUUGAAAGUGCAGUACGCAUCAUCGAGCUUGUUUCGCGGUCUUAUGACGUUGAAGUCCCAGAGUCAAUCUGGGCCGAGUUAUUCGAAUGGGCGUUUGUUUUGUCCCGACGCAAAUAUGGACCUGACGCUGAGCGGAAAUCUAAAGGUCUUAUAAACACCAGCCUCUUAGAAAAUUUGUUCGAAACAAUGACAAAGGAACCCUACAAUAUCGAGCCCUCAGCGGAAAUGCAUUCGAAGCUCGCCAAGACAGCAUGGGUAUUUCACCGUUUGAACGAUUUCCUCUAUCACAUGCGCGCGGCAUACAAAGUCCUGGAUGAGACAAGACGAAAGAGAAUAGCUGCGCGAGAAAUUGUCGAAUCCUACCUGCGAUACCCCCGUUCUAAUGACGGGGAAAUGGACCCCCAGAUUCUCUGGUCACGAGGUUUUGCAGAUGCCGUCCACACCUACGAUGUCCUUCGGCUUCUAGUCAUGCAGCAGACGAGAAUAAUAGAGCGCCUUGCAAAUCUUCUGAUCCACAGGGGAGACUGGCUCGGUCGGAGCUUUGAUGUAUGGGAACGCCAAUUCCUGCCUCAGCUUAUGGAGGAAUGGCGAGACUUUAUUCCAGCACGAGUCCGCUACGCUACGUCUACCGGAAUCGUCCAAUUCCAUGGUGUAUCAUAUUACGGUUCUGCUAGGUAUUCAACUCAUGCGCGGAUACCGGUCCGCCGACCAUCCUUCAACGACAGCUUUAGGCUCGUUAUUAGCAACCAAGAGUACGACGAUGAGUUUAUCUGGGCCACGUAUAAACGAAAUAUGUCUCCCGGCGAUCUUCACAACCCUCUGCUCAGGCGACUUUUUGAACCAACUAUCUUCGAUUACGACUCUCGCAACCUGGAGGACGCAGUUCAAGACCAAGUAUCAGAGGUGCAGCUACCAGCUGAAAAUGAGGUGUAUAGCCACUGUGCCACCAAAUCCGCCGAGCCCGCCCGACCUCGUUUCUGGGUUGAGGAAGCGUAUGAAUCGGCCCAGUUGAAGAAAUCGGCGCUCAUGAAGGCUUUUGGGUCCCUUUCUGGUGUUGAUGAUGAGGACGAGUACGCAGCUAUUCCAACUGCUUAG